AUGGGUAGAGCCAUAGAUGAUGUUGCUUCGUCUGUCACUGAGAGAGAUAUCGAGGUACUUAAGGUCCUGGGGGGCUUCCCUGAAAAUGCUCAGAUUAUCCUCCCUACUCCCACAUGCAGGCCCGAAACCUGCCCUGAAGAUUACAUCUGUCUUGGCCCUAUUAUCUCCCAGAUUCCUGAACAAGCCGAGAGAUUACCUGAAUUGCUCAAGUUUCCUGUUGAGGAACGCACCUUCACAGCUCCUACCGAGGUCCUACCCUUAGAUUUCAGAGCAUCUUCUCGCACUAACUCGAUGUCGACAGGUAAUUUUGAUUUUUGUUCCUCGCAAGAACCUACGCUCAUCCUCCAUCCCAACACCAUCGACAUCACGACCGACUCUCCUAGGGAUGAGGUCCUUGUGAGCUUUCCUGCUGACUUUCUAGCUGAAGAAGGUCUAGAAGGUGGGAUCUGGCCUGCAGCUGACAAGCUCGUAUUCCCAGCUGCACAAAAGAGGUUGAGGGGACAGGACCCUGAGGUCAUCCUGAACCAUGCUGUCCAGCUAUCCCUACAGCUUUCCCAAAGUUGCAUAGCUGCCAGGGACAGCUUGCGGACUGUUGCUACCCUUCAAGAUAAGGUGGCUCGUCUGCAAAAGGACAAUUUGAGCCACCAAGCUAAGCUGGAGAGGGAGAAACAGUCCCGGCUGGAUGCUGAGAGCAAGCUAGCUGCUGAGCAAAAAUUAAUGGAGAAAGAGAGGCUGGAAAAAGAUGAGAAGAUAGCUGAGGCGGAGAAAGAAAAUGCACGCCUGGCUGCAGCUGUAAGAGAAGCUGAGGAGAGGGCUUUAGACAUCCAAGCUGAAGCAAAAAUUAUUGAAACUGCGAAGCUAGCUUUCCUGAUAAAGUUCAAGAAGCUAGAUGACAAGGGUGUCAAUUUCUACAUUGACAGAUUCCUCAAGCUGGAUUCUAUGACCGCUCUAGAAGCUUUAGCUACAGGUGGCAAAACAAAUGAUUCGGAGAAAUCUACAGCUGAAUCUCCUCCUUCUCUCAACCAGCCAGAAGGUGCUGUUCUUGGUGAUAAGGACAAGGUUGCUGGCGAUGAUGCCAGCGUGAUCUCUUAAUUUCUUCAAUGCUUUCAUUAGUUUUUCUUUUGGAACAAUUUAGUUUUAACUAGCUUGGGUACUUUUACCAUUGCCUAUGGGGGCGAUGUGUUUUUGUAAGAACAUAUUUUCUUUCAGCAAUUUAACCGUUUG